UCUUAACCAUCACAAGAUUCGCAAUUUUCACAAUCAUCUCUUGCCCUCUUGCCCUCUUCCUCUUGUUUCUACACCGUUUACUACCUACCACUUAGUAUACUGGACCUACCAACAUAUCCUUCUCCUUUCCUCUUCGUAAAACAUUCACAAAAGACAUUCACAAAAACAUUCCCCCCCCCCCCAUUCACCGGAACUACUUAUUCUAGAUUAUAUAAUAAAUACAAUGGAAUAAAUAAAUCCGCCAUCAUGUUAUCAGGAGAGCACAACAACUCCACCAAGGAAGCACAACUUCACAGUUUACCAUUCAGAAGCCAAAGUUCAACAACCCUGAAACCCUAAAAUCCCGAAAUUCCUGUUCCUGUUCCUGUUCCUGUCCCUGUUCCUGUAUUCUUCUUCAUCAGCCAGCCAGAGGGACAACGCAGCCACUUUCUCUAGCUUCCCAUCUAGUCUGCACACCAAGAAAACGCCCGCAUGAUGGCACAUUUAUCAGAUUUAAUCGACCACAUUCCAAGAUCGGAUGAACAAGAACGUAGCACAUUGAAAUGUUGUUGUGGUCGCAAAGAGUGCGCAUUUCUCCUUCACAAUGGCGAGGUCUUGGAUAAGCUGGAGGGAGAUGUGACAUUGGCUGCUCAAAUGGGUCAGGCUUUGUUAGAAAGACAUGAACAUUAUAUGCUCGAUGCCGAACGAGAACGAGCAAAGAUGACGGCGAAGAUCGAGCAAUUGGAAGUGGACAAGAAGGAAUUGGAACGGAAAAAUGAAAAGACGAUUGAGGAGAAUAAGGCACUGCUAGAUCAACUCGAAGGUCUCAAUGAUAGUUAUGAGGAAUCCGAAGUUCAGAUCAAAUUACUCGAGUCGACUUUACAAAGUACGCGUACCGAAAUGAAACGUCUGGAAACUUUAGCUUCGAGAACAUAUCAACUAGAGAGAGAUUUGGCAAUCUUGGAGGAAGAACAAGAAACGUUACGAAAAACUAUUAUACAUACGGCGGCCGAAGAACGGACGGCGAUAUUGAGGUGGAAGAGAGCGGAACGAGGACUUUGCGAUUUACAGGAUCAAUUGGAGAGGAUUGAACGAGAAGCACAAGAAGAAAGGGAACGACAUGUGGAAAUUUUGGGCCGUAUGGAGAGACAACGGACAGUUGAACGAGAAUUGGAUACAGCUGCAUGUCGUUUGAAGGGUGCUGCUGCCGCUACAUCAGGCAGAGGCAAGCAUGGUACUAGCGUUGUCUCGCAUUUUGUGAAGGAUAUUCUACAAGAUAAUGCGAAUUUACAGCUUGGGAUCGUGGAGUUGAGAGAGAUGCUGAUGAAUUCGAAUGAUGAAGUACAAACAUUACGAGAACAAUUAUUGAUGCAUCAACCGAUGUAUGCGGAGGAUGGUGACAACGUAGCUCAGCAGCGGACAUUAGGGGCAGAACUUGCGCCAAGCGAACCGGAUUCCGAACAACGACCACAAGAACCACAAGUUAUUUCCCAAGCGCUUCAUAUACAUCACCAUUAUCAUGUCCCAAAGAGAGAAGAAGCGCGUAAGCCGAAAAAGAAGCGAACCUCUUUAAAUUCUGGUAUUUUCCCUCCAUUUACUCGAAGUCCACAAUCUCCACGAAUUUCUAGGGGCGCAGAGAAUGCUAUACUAGCUCAAACAGCAGUCACCGUUCCGAGUCCUAUCAAUACGAAUAAUCGAUGGUCUGUUCAAUCGAGUCAAUUGUCAGAAUUUGCUCCUUCAUCUGUGCCAUCUUCUCCACAAUCUAUGUAUCGAAGUAGUGCUCUAUUCGAUCGAAGUUUCGACAUCGAUUCAUCGCGUCCGACAUCACCUACCUCAAGUAUCGACCCAUUGUCGCCUCGAGUUCAUCCUUCAUAUCAUAGAAAGCGUCCUUCUGAAGUUUCAACCCGAAGCUUUUCUGCUAUUUCUAAUUUUCAACCUCAUAAUAUAAUCCACGAAGAGGAGGAUGACGAUGAUUCUCGUGAUGUUUCGGACCUUCAAUUUACGAGAACUCCGUCUCUAACGGAUGAUUCUACAAAUCCUACCACUUCAGAUGUUUCUGAUAAUACAAUUGAUGAGUGGAUUCCUCGUCAAUUUGGUCCUAGGUUACAUCGUUCUCCAUCUCAUGAAUCGAUUGUUUCAAUUUCAGGUAUCGAUAUUCACACGUUAAAAACUCGACCGUCACAAAUAAAUAUGACCUCGGCCGGAUCAUUAAGACCACAAUCUAGACUUUCCACUCCAACAAUGACAUAUUCUACAGAAACUAUCACUGGUGCGUCUAUGAUUACAGCUCGACCUACUUUAUCUCGAACCGGGCAUGACAGUACGAGUUAUCUUCGUUCCAACAUUGGACACUCAAGCUCACCGAGAUCAACAAGUAAUGAUCGAAGUUCCAUUCGAUCCAGUUCAUCUAAUGAAGGUAAUCAUAGUAGUACUGGUCUAGGAAAGAAAGUCGGUGGUUGGGUUUUUGGUCGUUGGGGAAUGUCUCCAACGAAAUCAACAAAUGAUCUUAGAAGUUCCUCAAAGGCACACGUACCGGUUCCUCCACCGACUAUUCGGGCUGUAAGCACGCCCUCUAUUUCUAUAACUCAAGAGCCUCUCAGAGCCAUUUUAGGAAGAGCGGCGGGAAUUAAUCAGAAAGGACCGAUUCCGGGGUUUAGACAAACGGAAAAGGCGCCUAGUAAGGUGGUGCCGGAUUUGGUUGAUAGAGAUGCUUUGGCGGAGGUUUUGGAGGAAUGAUGUUGUGGAGAUUUCUAGGUGGAUCAUUCUGGAAAAGAUUGGAGUUCAACAUGAUAAGAUGGGAUCGGAGUGUGAAAAUGGAUCGAUCACCUUCAGCAUAAAUGCUAUGUGAUGGGGAAAUUCUUUUGUUAAAUUUCUUUGUUGAAUUUGAAGAUGGGAUUUUAAGGGGAGGUUAUUGUGGAGUACCUAUAUCUUUUUUCUUAUGUUUUUUUAUUUAUACUUACAUAUAAUUGGCAAGGCGUUUGGUGGGAUUUUGGGGUGGAUUUUGGUUGGGAUGGAUUGGCAUGGUUUGUUUUUGUAUGGAUACCCUAUUUGCGUUUUCUGUGUAUAUCUUAUUUUUUCCUUUGUUUUUGGAGAUUGUAUGGAUGGAUGGAUGGAUUUAGUUGUUGAUUAUAUGAUAUGAAAUGAAUUAGGAUGAGUUGAGUUGAGAUGAGAUGCGAUGGGGUAGUAUUAGAAGUUCAGAUUGAAUAAAAUGGCGUGUGUGGUGUGGUGUGGAAUAGGCUGGGAGAAGAGGAAUAGAAUGGAAUCAGAAUAUCACAUUGUGAACUUGUUUGUGGAAAGGAUCUUGAAUGUUGGAUGUUGGAUUGUGAAUGGUAGAUGUGAUGUUAAAUUGUAGUAGGUACCUAGUAAUAAGUAGUAGAUAGUAAAUAGUAAAUAGUAGGGUAGUAGGUACUCACUCGGUGGAUGAUACAUAAUCUUUCAAAUUCAAGUAAGCGAUCUGGGCUGGUCUAGUCUGAUCUUAUUAGAGGAGUGGUAUUAUUCAAGUGUGUAUUACUAUUUUUCUUGAUGUAUAUAGAUGU